AUUCCGAUAAACUAGAGAUGAUAAAAAAGUUGAUAGAUAUUAAAUUGAUACAAAAAGUUAUGCAAGAAUCAGAAAAUGAUUAUAGUAUAGAGGUCAAUGAUAUUGUAUUUAUUUUUGCAACCAAUAAAGGUGAUAAUUAUGCGAGUGAAAUGUUUCGUGCAUCUAUUGAAUAUACUCGAUCUAACGGUAUAAAAAAAGAAAAGAAAUCUCUAAUUAUAAAGGCCGAGCCAUUAUCCGAAGGAUUACAAAAAGAUUUGAUUACAAAAUCAGAACUUUUUACAACAGAAAUGAAUAUGAUAAUGAACACUUUGGUAAAGAUGAAUGAACUUGUAAAACCUGAAGCUUGUUUCAGUGGCCGAGGUUUGUACACGCAAAUUAAACCUUCUUUGCUCAUUAUGGAGGACUUAGCGCCUCUAGGUUUCCGCAUGGCCGAUCGUUUAAACGGUCUUGACGAUGACCAUAGCUUAUUGGCUAUUCGCAGUUUGGCAAGAUUUCACGCAAGCUCUGUUGCGCUUUGUGAAAAGGACCCAUCAGUAAAACAGUGUUAUACACAUGGAAUGUUUUCCGCAAAUCAACCCAAAGAAAUGCAAAUGUUUUUUAUCGAAGGAGUAAAAAAUCUAAGUAAAGAAAUGGUUAACUGGCCUGAGUUAGAUCCAAAAAUACCACAAAAACUUGAAAAAAUAGCUGAUACAGUUUUUGAAAAAGCAAGUAAAGCUAAUAUUUUUCGUGAUAACGAAUUCAACGUAAUUAAUCACGGAGAUUACUGGAUUAAUAAUAUGAUGUUCAAAUAUAAUGAUAAAAAUCAACCUAUUGCUCAUAUAUUCGUUGAUUUUCAGUUCUCUCAUUAUUCUUCGCCAGGAAUUGAUCUACAAUAUUUUUUUAAUACAAGUUUAAAUGACAAUUAUUUCACAAAAAAUGAGCAAAAGCUUUUAGAAGAAUAUUUGCGAACGUUAACUUUAACCAUGUCAAGAUUAAAAUGCCAAACUAAAGCACCUACUAUGGAUGAACUUAUGAAAAUGUAUAAAGAUCGUGCCUUUUUGGGAAUGAUGGCCAGUUUAAUAAUUUUGCCAAUAAUAUUAGUCAAGAAGGAUGAAAGUAUGAAUAUAAACGAAUUAAUGGACGCAUCAGUAAACGGAUCUGUAGUCUACGGAGGAAAAUCUUUUCGCAAAGCUAUUGUUAAGCGAUUGCCAAUAUUUGAUAAAAUGGGAUUUCUCGAUUGACAUUGUAUCUUAAUUGAUUA